AUGGCAACGCUCUCUCAAAAGCUAGCUGGCAUCACAUUGCCAAUUGAUAAAUAUGGUUCCCAUCUUAACUCUCAAGGCCAAGUAGUUAACUUAGAGCUUGCAAUGAAGAAUAUGCGUUAUGCUGGUGAAGCUUUGUGUGCUAAGUAUAUUUUGUUUUUCUAG